CCGCACUGCCUUUUCCUUCCUCUUUCAGACCCUCUCUCUGAUUCAUUCAUGGCGUCUCUACGGCUUUACCCUCUCUGCAUUUUCCUUUUCUGCUUCCUUUUCUUUACUUCUCUCUUACUUGCUUCCUCUUCGGAUGUUGCACUUGUCUUGGGAACGAUCAAACCUUUGCUUCAAGGUAGCGAGGAGAAUAUAAUGCUCUCUUCGUGGAACUACUCGAUUCCUCUCUGUCAAUGGAGAGGACUUCAUUGGGUUUUCUCUAAUGGUUCACUUCUUCGCUGCAACGACGUCUCCUCCCCUCAACGGACCAACGUUUCACUCUUUAGAGACCCGGGUUUGCUUCUCUACUCACUUCAGCUCCCAUCUGCUGGUCUCUCCGGUGAAAUCCCUAGAGAAAUCGGUGAGUUCUCGUCGCUGCAGAGUAUCUACCUUGGUGUUAACUCGCUCAAAGGUAAUAUCCCUCUCGAGCUCGGCUACAGUCCUUCGCUCUCCGAUGUCGAUUUGAGUAGCAACUCCUUAAAUGGGUUUUUCCCUCCUUCAAUCUGGAACCUUUGUGAUGGACUUGUUUCUCUUCGGCUUCAGGGUAAUAAUCUCUGUGGUCCUCUUCCUGAACCUGCAUUACCCAACUCCACUUGCGCCAGUUUACAGGUUUUGGAUUUGAGCGAUAACAAGUUAUCAGGGGAAUUUCCGGAAUUUGUAACUCAGUUUCAUGCUUUGAAGGAGCUUGAUCUCGCGAACAAUUCCUUAUCGGGUUCGCUUCCGCAGAGUAUAGCUGGACUGGACCUUGAAAGAUUGAAUCUUUCUUACAACAACUUUAGUGGGGUUUUGCCGGCGUUGGGGGAGUCAAAGUUUGGAGCCCAGGUUUUUGAAGGAAACAAUCGUGCACUAUGUGGACCUCCUCUGGAGGGUUGCAGGGGAAGCUCUGGUAUGAGCUCUGGUGGCAUUGCGGGUCUUGUGAUUGGGCUGAUGACUAGUGCUGUAGUCUUAGCUUCAUUACUCAUUGGGUAUGUCCAGGGGAAGAGGAGGAAGGGAGGAAGCGAAGAUGACAUAGAGGAAGGAGAAGAAGAGGAGAUUGAUGACAAUGGUGAUGGGAAGCUUAUACUAUUCCAGGGAGGAGAGCAUUUGACGUUAGAGGAUGUAUUGAAUGCUACUGGUCAGGUAAUGGAGAAAACGACCUAUGGAACUAUUUAUAAAGCUAAACUUGCAGAUGGGGGUACCAUUGCUCUGAGGCUGCUCAGAGAAGGUAGUUGCAAGGAGAGAAAUUCCUGCUUGCCGGUGAUAAAACAGCUUGGCCGAAUCCGACAUGAGAACUUGGUUCCACUUCGAGCUUUCUAUCAAGGGCAAAGAGGAGAGAAGCUCCUCAUUUACGACUACCUCCCAAACAAGUCCCUCUACGAUAUGUUACAUGAAACUAGAGCAGGGAAGCCUCCCAUUUUGAAUUGGGCUCGUCUUCACAAAAUUGCAUUGGGUAUAGCCAGAGGUCUUGCAUACCUACACACAGGCAUGGAAGUGCCCGUAAUCCAUGGGAAUGUGAGAUCAAGAAAUGUCCUGGUUGAUGAAUUCUUUGUGGCCAGGCUAACUGAGUUUGGGUUGGAUAAGAUGAUGGUACCUGCUCUAGCCGAUGAAAUUGUGGCAGUUGCCAAGAGUGAUGGCUACAAAGCCCCAGAGUUACAGAAGAUGAAGAAGUGCAAUCCAAGGACAGAUGUGUAUGCAUAUGGGAUACUGUUGUUGGAGAUUUUGAUGGGGAAGAAGCCUGGUAAGGAUGCAAGGAGUGGGCAGUUUGUCGAUUUGCCAUCCAUGGUGAAGGUAGCAGUGUUGGAGGAGACAACAAUGGAGGUUUUUGAUGUGGAGGUUUUGAAGGGGAUCAGGAAUCCAAUGGAGGAAGGCUUGGUUCAGGCAUUGAAGCUUGCAAUGGGCUGUUGUGCACCUGUGGCCUCUGUUAGACCUACCAUGGAUGAAGUUGUUAAGCAAUUGGAGGAGAACAGACCCAGGAAUAGAUCUGCACUGUAUAGCCCAACAGAGACACGUAGUGAAAUAGGCACUCCCUUUUAAGCUUCUUUCAUCGCUCCCUGCUCCCAUCCCCAAUUCUAAGAUGUAAUAUUGCUUGGUGAUUCAUUAUGUUUGAGUCUGGAAUUUGUAUUUUGAUAUAUAUGAGGUUAGUGCUCAUAUUAUCUUUCUUAG